AUGCCAGGGGCCCUAGAGAGAAAGUUAAUCUUCCCAGUGCGUAGCUUGAUUUCGCCACAGGGUUGCCAAGGGCUAAUUUCACAUACAAAAGACCCUACACCACUUUUAAACAUCCACCUCCGCAGGCUCGACUUACCCAUCGAAGAAUGGUUGAUCAAAGCCACCCGAAAGCUCACAGCUCCCUGGUUAAUAGUGCUGCUCGGCGCAGCAUACAUCAUCGCACUCGCAUUUUUUUCACGCGAACAGUCCUUUCUGACACCUGCAGAAUCUUUUAUUGGCUGCACCGCUACAUAUUGGAUCGCAAACGACGGUUGUGGCCUCGACGGCCAAAUUUGCGCUCCUUUUGAUAACUCUACCUUUGAUUUUCGUUGUCCGGCCCAAUGCAGCAACGUCAUUUUACAAAACCCGCGGACUAUUGGCGACGAACAAACUGCUUUUAAGCCACUUCUUGUAGGAGGUGGUGAUUCAAACAGGACAUAUAGAGGGGAUAGUUUCAUUUGUGCUGCUGCGGUGCAGGCCGGUAUCAUAUCCAACUCUAAAGGCGGAUGCGGCACUUUACAACUCGCAGGAAACUUCACAAACUUUCUUCCGUACACGGCCAACGGUCUCUCGUCUCUCGGCUUUCCCUCCGUCUUCCCACUUUCCUUCCGCUUCCUGGACUUUACAUCACUCACGCAUUGCCAAGACCUACGCAAUGAGGCGCUCGCUUUCAACGUACUCGUUACCUGUGUCCUUUUCCUGCUCCUGCGCCCCAAACCCAUUGUAUUAUAUUGGUGUCUCGUUUGCAUCGGCUUCUGGCAUGUCACGCUCUUUUCUCAACCCCAAGGCCCACCUCCAGCACUAGACGUCGCAUUUGGCACAUUUUUACCCGCAUUAUAUAUUGCCUACGCAUUUUGGAGGUUGGCCUUUCGCUUCACCCUCCCUGCCUUUGCGCGUUCCCCCCUGGAAGCCUGCAUUUUAUAUAUGGGUCCAUUCUGGGUCGGGCUCCUCAACAACCUGACGUUUGACAAGCUUCCACUCAGUCGAUUGACCUCAUCUGACAUCCAUAAACGUUCGGGUGCGGUGACCACACUUGUAGUCAUGUUGGUGAUUAUAAUCGUGCUGGCCGUCAACCAAAUCCGCGUCAUACGCAAGACGGGCUGGCUACCGUACUAUGCGGCCUGGUACAUUUUGGGAGGCUUCAUCAUUCUUGUCCUGGCACUUCUUCCCGGACUAUCACUGCGACUACAUCACUAUAUUGUUCCCAUGCUGAUCCUUCCUGGAACAGCUUUCCCAACCAAACUGUCUGCUAUAUACCAGGGUCUCUUAUUAGGCCUUUUCUUAAAUGGCGUCGCAGCAUUCGGCUUUGAUUCCAUUCUCCAAACUGCAGCUGAUCUUCGGCAAGAUGCAGCUCAGGGUACGGCGCUUCCUACAUUUUUAACCAACUCUACGACGUAUAAUGCGUCAAUGCCUUUAAUCAAUCAAACGAUUCAAUGGGCCGCUCUCCCUCCUGAUUGGGACGGAUUUGCCCUUUUGGUCGAUGAUGUAGAGCGAUACGUCGGAACAGCCUUGAAUUUCUCGCUGGCCAGCCUCAAUGCAAGCAUUCCCCAUUUCUUUAGGCUCGCCUUUACGUCUGGAUCGUCAAGUGCUGAUUUCACUAUGCCCGCGACAUUAUGGGCCAAUGGGACAUGGACAGACCCGCUGUCUGGUCCAUCGUAAAGGAUCCCAUUUGAGGGAUAUCAUGUAUAAUAAUUUAUGUGCGAGCGCCUAAAAGAACAUAUCAUAUAUCGAUUAGGACACUGUAGCCAGAUCGACGGAAAGGUAGUCAUCGGCCUGAUGGUUAUAUACCACGGAUCCUAACAGCC